AUGCACCUCAUCGUCUCCUCCAUAGACUCCAACCAGCUGCAGGAUCUUGUCUUCAAGAUCAUUCAAGCCGACUGGUGUGGCUGUGGCAACUCAUCAACGCCUCUCUCCCUCACCAUAGGGGCCUCUCACUUGCUCCCUCUCCUCACCACACUCCAACACAACACACACUCCGAGGCCGUCACCGCCCUACUGCUCAUGCUCAAACAGCACAGGCCGACAGCCGAGAUGGUGAAACAGCUGAUGACCCGCGACACACGUGUGCCAGGCGACGAUCUGGCCGAGUCGGCUCUGUUGAGUUGGUGUCGCGACGGCAGUGAAGAGAAGUGCGCCGAACUGGUGGCCACCCUGCUGAGUCAGCGCUGUCAGGCGUCGCCCACCAAACGGAAACGCGGCGGAGGCGGCGGCGGGGUGGGGCAGCCCACCUGUGAGAGAAUUCUGGCGCAUCUCGAUCGGCUCAGGUUACGUUUGAGCUACCCGCGACACAAGUUCUACAAGCUGGAUGCACUGCAGAAGGCUCUACAAGCACUCAGAGCGCAUGCUCAGACGUGCAGCGGUCAGCGUUCAGCAACCUGUUUGCGCUGAUCGAGGUCAGCG